AGUCGUGCCGUGUAGGGUUAUGAUGGAAUUAACAAAAUAGUCCAGAGAUGGUGUGGACCACCGCUGGAAGAAAAAAAAAAAGAACCGGUUGACCCCGUUCACCGACCACAUUAGGCCGUGGCAGCUCUGAAUGUUCCCGUGCUGCUCUGGUGAAGAAUGCUAACGUUUCUGUCUUCAAGCGGAGCUAGAGAACUAAACUUAUCUCGUCGACAUAAGCCGUCGGGAACGCGGUGUGCUCGCUGUGUCGUAUCACAACCCCAGCUGUUCAUGUAAAUAGUCGUUCUUAAAAACCCCUAUCUUCGGUCAGAUUUCCCUCCCACCCCACCCCCUAUGUUUGCGUUUUGACAACUGGCUCAAACCCGUGGCAGGAACAACCAGACGGCGGUGUUGUUAGCUUCGAAGCUAACCGUGACUGAGUCAGUCUUCGGUGGCUAAAAAUAUCGCCCACUGCGCCACCGAAACCGGUGGGCUUCGGUCCACGUUUGACUUCCGUCUUCGGCUUUUUAUUUUUUUUAUUUUUUUUCUGGUGACCUUGCCCGGAGUUGGACACUCUACAUGGUCACCACAGCGGGAUCGGGACAAGCGGAAGAGCGAGUCGGACCCCGAGGCUGCGAGCCGAGCUGGCCUGAUCUGCCGCUACAUCGUACGGGCUGCUGGGUUUCAGGUCUCCCGGUGGACCACGCUCGGCUACGGCUGGUCGGUGGCUCGAUGACACCGGCGGUGAUAUAAACGAGCCCCGGGGGAGACCGAAACCUCGUCAAGGGAGCAGAGCGGAGCGACUUAUUUCUAACUUUCUGAGACUUUUUUUUUUAUUUGGAGCUGGGCACCAUGACUGAGGACCACAACGCAGAAAAGUUCAUCAAGGAGGCCUCCAUCUUGGACGAAUACAUCAUCAACUGGACACAGAAGUUGGGGGCUGGGAUCAGCGGACCUGUCAGAGUGUGUGUGAAGAAGUCGACUCAGGAACGCCUGGCCCUGAAAAUCCUCAUCGAUCGCCCCAAGGCCAGAAAUGAGGUGCGUCUUCACAUGAUGUGUGCCAACCACCCAAACAUUGUGCAAAUUCUGGAGGUGUACGCCAACACGGUCCAGUUCCCUCAUGAGUCCAGUCCAAGAGCAAGACUCCUGAUUGUUAUGGAGAUGAUGGAGGGCGGCGAGCUCUUCCACAGAAUCAGUCAGCACAAGCACUUUACUGAAAAGAUGGCCAGUCAGGUAACCAAACAGAUCAGCCAAGCAUUGGCUCAUUGUCACUCCCUGAACAUUGCACAUCGCGACCUGAAGCCAGAGAACCUGCUCUUCAAAGAUAACUCCCUGGACGCACCUGUGAAGUUGUGUGACUUUGGCUUUGCCAAAAUCGAUCAAGGAGACUUGACGACCCCUCAGUUUACUCCUUACUACGUAGCACCUCAGGUACUUGAGGCUCAAAGAAGACACCAGAAGGAAAAGUCUGGAAUUAUACCUACCUCACCAACUCCUUACACGUAUAACAAGAGCUGCGACUUGUGGUCGCUGGGUGUGAUCAUCUACAUAAUGCUGUGCGGCUAUCCUCCGUUCUACUCGAAGCACCACAGCCGCACCAUCCCUAAGGACAUGAGGAAGAAGAUCAUGACGGGCAGCUUUGAUUUCCCAGAAGAUGAGUGGAGCCAGAUCUCUGAGAUGGCCAAGGACAUUGUACGCAAGCUCCUGAAGGUAAAGCCAGAGGAGAGGCUGACGAUUGAGGGAGUCUUGGCUCACCCCUGGCUGAACUGCACCGAGGCGCUGGACAACGUGCUGCCGUCUGCACAGAUGAUGAUGGACAAAUGCCUUUUAAGUGCCGAUGAGACCAUUGCUGUUAGAGAAGUGGGCGAGCAGAAGGCGGUAGUCGCAGGCAUCCAGCAGGCCCACGCGGAGCAGCUCGCCAACAUGAGAAUUCAGGAUAUGAACGUCAGCCUGAAGCCUCUGAACUCUGUCAACAACCCAAUCCUCAGGAAGCGGAAGCUGCUGGUCCCCAAGCCCACAGACAGUUUCUUCAUUCACGACCCAGAAAACGAAGGGGAAGACUCGAACGUGGCGCUGGAGAAAUUAAGAGAUGUCAUAGCACAGUGCAUACUACCACAAGCUGGAGAGAACAAGGAUGAGAGGUUAAAUGAGGUGAUGCACGAAGCCUGGAGGUUCAACAGAGACUGUAAGCUGCUGAGAGACGGCCUGCAGGGUCUCAGCUGGGAUGGGCGAUCUUUUUCCGAUAAAGUUGACCGCUUGAAGUUGGCUGAAAUAGUGAAACAGGCGAUUGAAGAAAAGACGAAUCUUCAAGAUUCUCAUUAGUCAACGAUGACUUUCUAUCCUUUUUUUUAUUGUUUAUUAUAUUGUUUAUUAUGACUCUUUUUAAUCCAUAUCUGUAAAAACUGUUUUAUGUCAAAUGAUGUGCAGUUUUUUUUUGCCUCCUUAAUUUCACUUGUAAAUCCUAUUGUUGACCUAUACUGGAAGAGCUACUGUACAGCUGUACAUAUAUUUCAAAAGAUUUGUUGGUACUAUCAUUUUUUUUAAUGAAAUGGACAAUUGCAAAGAACGUGGAAAAAAAAUAUAUUUUCAUUUUUACAAACAAAAAAAAAUGAUAAAAGAAAUCUGUGAGAGAAAUUAUUUUUUGGGAGGGAAUUUUUAUUAGCUGCUUAUUGAAGAUGUCGUGUUUUAUCCCAAUUAUUUUAUUCCUUCUUUUAUUUUUUCUUUAAUUAUCCUCAUUGUAAGAGUUUUAUUUAUUUAAACUGAAAAUUCCAAGAUUUUAUAUCUUUCUUGUAGCUCGAUAGUGGCUCUAAAGUUUAGAGAAGCUGUCUAUGAUGUGACCUUUGUUCUUCCACUCUGCCUACAGGUAUAUAUACUUAACAGCCGUUGUUUUUGUUGUUUCUGUUGUAUCACACUUCCUUGAUAUUUCUAAUAUGUAGGACAAGGAGGAUUGAGAAUUUAGGUAAAUGAAAGCGUCAUAGAGCAGAGAAAUACCCCAAGUUUUAUGUUUUGCUGCAGACUUCCAUUAAGACCGAAGAAUGCAUUUAAAAGAAGUGUUUAAAUUAGUGUUCUAUAAUCAAAGGGCAUAUAUAUAUAUA